UCUAGGUUGUUCUCUGUGGUAGGCCUAGUUUGGAUUGUAAGGAAUUGUCUGUCAGUCUUCGCAAGCACGUGGGUCAUACAAAUGUGAAGAGGCGUGAGAUUUAGGAUACAAUUAGUAGGCCUGUGGCUCAGAACAUGAGAAUUACCGAGAAUGACAGAGGUGCACUUGCCUCCAGCUUCCUCUCUUCCCGUAUCGUUUGACAGAACUUGUGAAUCAGGUGUUCUCUGUCGCAUUGUUUGCAUUCUUUGUUAUGUGCGCCGGUAGGUAACCACCCCACGGAACUUACAUAGCCUAGCUCUUCCGAAAACACAGAGCGCCAUGAAAUGAAGUGGCACAGUUUACUCAGAAGACGACACAUCAGAAGGGGGAUUUUGAGCGACGCAACCAUGGUGACAGUAGUCCACUCCACCAGCGCUUUUACCUAACUAAUUAUUUGUCUAGAGGUGAGUUGCCCGUUUCAGGAACUUUAAAAGUUAAGAGCUUUAAAAACGUAGCUUGCUAUUUGGACAUUUGAAGAGGAUAAUCGUCGGCAUGCAGUGUCAGAUGUUCUUGCUUUAUUUAAGGUGCUGGUAACAUACAGUGACCAACGCCAUGAGGUUCAACGGGUUCUUGAAAGUUCGAGUUGGGGAGGCGGUAGAUCUCAAACCGACAUCCUUCUCCAAACGGCAUUCUAUAAGACCAAGUGUGAAAUCAAAUUUGAUGGACCCUUACAUUGUGGCAAAGGUGGACGAUGUCAAAAUUGGACAGACUGUUACAAAGUCAAAAACGAACAGUCCAACAUACAAUGAAGUCCUGUGCGCGCAAAUUAGUGAUGCAAAGGUUCUGGAGCUCGCCGUGUUUCACGAUACUCCUAUUGGAUAUGACGAUUUUGUGGCCAACUGCACCUUUCAACUGGAGGAUAUGAUGGAUACAGCCAAUACGAGGCAGACCUUUGAGGGAUGGGUUGCUCUGGAGCCAGAGGGCAGAGUUUACGUCACCAUCUCCCUCACCGGCUCCUUCCUCGACGAUGCAGCGAUUAUAAACGGGUCGAGGGACCAUCAGAGGUUAAUAAGGAAGAAGGUCCUGAAGAGGAAGGUGCACCAAGUUAAUGGCCAUAAGUUCAUGGCUACAUACCUGAGGCAGCCUACCUUCUGCUUCCACUGCAAGAAUUUCAUAUGGGGUGUAUUUGGCAAGCAAGGUUACCAGUGUCAAGUGUGUACCUGUGUGGUCCACAAACGAUGUCACGACCAAGUGGUGACAAAAUGCCCUCGCAUGAAGAAAAAGGAAGACGAACAGGGUCCCAGUCAAGGUUUCAGCAUCAACAUCCCCCACAUUUUCAAGAAGCACAACUACAAGGUGCCCACCUACUGCAAUCACUGUGGUUCUCUGCUCUACGGUGUGGUCAAACAGGGCAUGCAAUGCCAGGGUUGCAAGAUGAACGUUCAUAUUCGUUGCCAGGAGAAUGUGGCUCCUAACUGCGGGGUGGACAGUGCUGAGUUAGCUCGCAAGCUGGCAGACCUCGGGGUGAAGCCUGGAAUCUCCCCUCUGUGUCAGAGAGGGUCAACCAUAAAGCCGGGACGUCCCUGCGAGGAGGAUCCGGUGGUUCCUAGGACCCGGAGUGUGGAGAGGGUCGGCCUGGACGACUUCACCUUCCUACAGGUGCUGGGCAAGGGCAGCUUUGGCAAGGUGAUGCUGGCGUGCAUGAACAGCACGGAGAGGGUGUACGCUGUGAAGAUGCUGAAGAAGGACGUGAUCCUGCAGGACGACGACGUGGAGGCCACCAUGAUCGAGAAGAGAGUGCUGGCCCUCGCCCACCAGCACCCCUACCUCACACAGCUGUACUACUGCUUUCAGACACCGGAUCGUCUGUUCUUUGUCAUGGAGUUUGUGAAUGGCGGUGACCUGAUGUUCCACAUCCAGAGGUCACGCCGCUUUGAUGAAGGUCGGGCGCGCUUCUAUGCCGCUGAGGUCAUCUGUGCUCUCACAUACCUGCAUUCGAAUGGCAUCAUCUACAGGGACCUGAAGCUGGACAACGUCCUGCUAGACAAAGAUGGCCACUGCAAACUGGCUGACUUUGGCAUGUGCAAGGAGGGGGUCUUCAGGGGGGACAUAACGUCCACUUUCUGCGGGACACCAGACUACAUCGCACCAGAGAUCAUCGAGGAGAAGCCGUAUGGUCACUCGGUGGACUGGUGGGCGCUUGGCGUGCUGCUGUACGAGAUGCUGUCUGGGCACGCUCCAUUCGAGGCCGAGACAGAGGACGAGCUGUUUGAGUGCAUCUGCCGCGACACGGUGGUCUACUCCUCCUGGCUGAGCAGCGAAGCCGAGGACAUCCUCAAAGGGCUUCUGAUGAAGGACCCCCAGUGUCGCCUAGGCUGUGUGGAGAGAGAGGGAGGAGAGGAGGCCAUCACGUCCCAUCCGUUCUUUUCCGGCCUCGACUGGAACGCCCUGAAGAAGCGAGAGCUCGAGCCUCCUUUCAAACCCAGAAUAAAAUCGCUGGAGGAUGUGAGUAAUUUUGACCCCGACUUCACCCAGGAGGAGCCCACGCUUACUCCCAUCGAGGACGCCCCAUUCACCUUUGGCAACCAGGAGUUUAAAGACUUUUCCUUCACAGCCCCCGAGCUGCUGCCCACAUAACAGAAUGCUGGACAAUGUACACUUUAGCAGUGUAUUUAAAUGGGCUUGAAUGCAGACACAAAGAUACGCACGCGUGCACACACACACACACACACACACACACACACACACACACACACACACACAAGUGUAAAACAUUCAGUCAUACUCCUGCUCUGACAAGCCCAUCGCCUCAAAGUUAUUCCCACACAAUAAGGGUCUUAAAAAAAAUAAAAAAAAGUAUGGUGUGGCCUGGCAGCUGCCAGCUAUUCUUGGAACUGUUUGACCAUCAAAGCCGGGAAUCAGAGCUUUGAGCAACAAAUACAUAAAAAAAAAUACUGGACUUUGGUCACUUUGAAUAUUCUUGUUUUGUUGUGAAUGCUUCUGUGGCAGUGCCAUGAAUUGCAUUGUGUUAUGAAUCGUGUGUGUGCGUGUCUGUGUGUGUGUGUGUGUGUGUAAAUUAGUGAGCCUACUGUGUGGCAAAAAAGGUGUCAUCUCUGUAGUCCCACACAUGGAUGGAAAUGAAGAAAAGAAUACUGUGGGAAAGGCCUGAAGAGACUUGAAAUUAAUUGCUCCAUGUGUUGACAGCAAAGUGAACAGCCUUCUCUUAAAUGAUUCAGAGGGCUAGGUGCUAAUGACUGUGGCACGACAGAAGAAUUAAUUUUUCAUGACUCCAACAAGCAUGUACCUCUCUUUUACACCUAACAAAAUACCUAACACCUAACAACUGCUCAAGGCUUGACUUCAGCCCUGUGAAUAGGACCUCAGUGUCCAGACCGUCUCCCUCUGCCACCUAUGAGCUUUGCCUUUGCUUUAAUCGAGUGACCUUUGCUUGCUUUUUUGGCAAGCCUCUGCCUUCGUCUGAAGUCCAGAAAUGCUCAAGACUUCUCUAACAAAUCAAAUGUCCCAUUGUGUUUCCUAAUUGAGGUCAGACAUUUUGUUUAGCAGCACCAAAGCUGAUGAAUUAUUUGUGAGGAUCUUUAGCACCGCUGUUGUUAUUGAGAAGGAAUGCCAAGGCUGUAUUGGGUCGAUUAGAUUGUAAAAUUAUAGAGACUCAAAUAGCACAGAUGUUUUAUCUUGUUUCUUGUUUUCCCAGGCUUGCAAGUCUGAAAUGCUCAUUUGCUGUAUCGCUGAAGGAUGUUUCCCUGGGGUUCUGCUAUAAAUUAUUUGAACAAAAGCAAGACCUCGGUAGGGGGAGAGAGAGAGAGAGAACAUUUUAUACCCAACGACAGGCCUUUUAAUUUCUCACAUGCCUCCAAUAAAUAACUUGUUAA